AUGACUUCUCCCCACCCACCCCAACGCCUCCUCUACAUCGCCUCCAUCGGCAAUCCCGCCCCCUACCGAACAACCCGCCACAGCGCCGGCCACAUCCUCCUCGACUCGCUCACCCCCCAUCUCCGCGCCCGCAUGAACCCCACCACGUCCCCCCUCUACACCACCUUCUACAGCCCCUCUCUCAUGAACAUCUCCGGGCCCAAAGUCGUCAAAACGAUGCAAAAAUGGCUCGCGGGCCGAGACACCCUCGCGCUCGAUCUUCCCCCCCGCACCACCGGCGUCGGAUACCCCGCUACACUGGUUCUUCUGCACGACGAGCUCGAAGCACCAUUGGGCAAAGUGCGUGUGAAGCGCGGCGGGCCCGAGAGUGCGAGUCUAAGAGGACAUCGGGGGCUGAUUAGUGUGUUGGAGACGUUGAAGGGGAAAGGGUUGUUUCCGGCCAAGUCCAAGUCGGGUGCGAAUGGGGGGUCGGGACGGGGGAUGGUGACGGGUGCGAUGAAGCGUGGAUCGAAGGAGGAUGGGUUACCGAGGGACUUGGAUGUGUUGAGAGUGGGAAUUGGGAUUGGGAGACCUGCGGGGAGGGAAAAGGAUGCAGUGGCGGAUUAUGUGUUGAGGGAGAUGGAAGGGAGGGAAUUGGAUGCGGUGGCGAGGGCGGCGGAAAGUGUGGUGGACGUUUUGGAGGAGGAGAUGUUCCGAGUCGGUUGA